UUUACAAAAACCAUGACCAUUGUGAGCUUGGUCGUUAAAGUUAGUACACGCUUAUUUUCUCUCUUGCAUUACAUCUGAUAGAAUCACAUUAUCUUUAAUUAACAGUCAGUUCUGUUAUAUUUAAUACAAUUUCUAAAAUAUUUUGCGUGUGUACCUCGUUUGUUUUCGAGUGUCCUCAGACUGGCAUUACGUCACAACCAAACACAACCUGUAAGACACAAACAACAAUGUAAGACUACAAAAGAAGUAGUAGCUCCGUAAGAAGUAGAAGCUCCAAGAAAUCGAAAAUCAUGAUGGGGAAUUAUGGAAAGAGGAACUGAGAUCAAGUCAGAAAAAAUACCCGUCACGAGUUUGUUUGAUAUUUGUGAGAUACCAGAUAAAGCACUCACAGGAUGAGAGGAAUUGUAGCAUUUUACGUUACCUAUCUGCUGUGCUUGGUACUGGGGAUUGUCUGUGUGGUAUUAGUAGCAUUCUGGAAUUACACCUACCGAGGUGGAUUUGCAUGGGACGGUUCAGCCAAGCAGUUCAACUGGCACCCGGUCUUCAUGGUCACUGGAAUGGUGGUUCUUUUUGGGAAUGCGGCUGUAGUGUACCGUAUUCCUCUGACAUGGGGUCACAAUAAGCUCCCGUGGAAGCUGUUACACGCUGGGCUUCUGCUCCUUUCUCUCAUUCUGUCUGUUCUCGGGCUUUGUGCUGUGUUCGACUUCCACAACAAAAACCAAACACCCAACCUCUAUUCCCUCCAUAGCUGGGUGGGGAUUUGUACUACUGCACUUUUCACUGCACAGUGGGUCAUGGGUUUUACCGCGUUCCUCUUACCUUGCGCCCCAAUGGCUGCACGUGCCCUUAUAAAGCCAGCUCAUGUAUGGAUGGGAGGAAUCAUCUUGGUACUGAGCAUUGUAUCUUGCAUCUCAGGGAUCAACGAAAAGCUAUUUUUUGCACUAAAAGGAAACACCAAUCAGACGCUGGCUUAUUCUUCAUUACCACCAGAGGCAAUCGCUGCAAAUUCUUUGGGAGUCGUCAUUGUGGCGUUUGGAUUGGUUGUUUUGAAAAUCUUGUCCAAUCAGAUAUGGCAGCGUCCUGAGCCAGGUUAUGACGAGGGAGUUUACAGGCCCCUGGCAUAUGAUGGAAGCUGAUGUCUUAAAGCUGAAUGUCUGAAAAUGUUGUAUUUAUUUGAAUUCUGACUGAUCAGCUCUCUUCAGUCGAAUCAAAGUUAUCUUUAUGUGCUUUUGCUUAGAUUUGAUUGUGUUGCUGCUGGUGUUAAAAAUUGUGUAGAGCAAAGGCAAAAUAUCAUAAAUAACCACUGCUUAUUUUUCAGUGUUUUGUGCUAAUUUAUUAUUAAAGAAGGCCUCUGUAUAUAAAAAUUAUUAAAAUAAUUUUAUGACACAUCAAUGUUUGUGUCUUUGAAGGAAAACCAGAUGAAGGUAUUUCCUCUUUGUUUCUCAAACCGGUUCAAACCGGCUGGGAAGGGCAUUCAAAAAAGGCAGGGACAAACCACCACGCGUCAUCAUCAGCGAAUAACCAAUAGGAAACCAAGACAGUCUCGGACCAAUCAAAGCGCUAGGCAGAGGUCUUCAAAAUUUACAUAUUUCGGUAAAAAUCCAAAUCAGUUAUCGUUUGAUAGUUUGAAAUAUACGCAAUAAAACACACAUGUAAUGCAAAUCCAUACCAAAUUAGGUUUCAAAAGUAAUGUAAUUAUACUCUGAAAAACCAGCAAAUAUCAUUUUAAAAGGAUAUAGGAUCAUAAGGAGGUCUGUCCUAAUAACUGAAAGCACGCUUUACACUUGUUUAUUUUCGUUUAUACAGUCUAUGGUUUAUUUGUUAUACAAAUUCUUCCAUUCCAUGGUCUGUACUAAAAAAUAAAAUAAAAAACGGAAGCUCAA